CGGCUGUUAUGCUUGAGCUAUUUAUAGGCUGUCUCAUCGCCUGUCCGUUCCAAAAUGGCCAGUAUACCCCCUGACCUCGAUCACUUCUGCACGAGCAACAUGGACCUGGAGGUUAUUCUCCGCAGCUUGACGCUGCCAGAAAAAGUCACACUGCUUGCUGGGGCGUCAACCUGGCGAACUGCGCCGGUUCCGCGAGUCAACAUCCCUCAUCUCAAGUUAUCCGACGGUCCUUCUGGUGCUCGGGGGGAGAUUUUCGGGGAUAGCGUUCCUGCCGCCUUUUUCCCGUCUGGUACCAGCUUGGGAGCCACUUGGGAUGAAGACCUGCUGGGGGAGUUGGGACAGAUUCUUGCCGAGGAGUGUAAAUCCAAGUCAGCUUCAGUAAUCCUGGGGCCUACCAUGUGCAUUCAUCGCCACCCACUGGGCGGCCGCAAUUUCGAAUCCUACAGCGAAGACCCAUACCUGACGGGGCGACUGGCGACCGCCACGAUCCGGGGCAUCCAAUCCCGGGGGAUCGGGGCUACGGCCAAACACUACGUGGCCAACGAUCAGGAGACCGACCGCUUCCACUACAAUGCGGUAAUCCCAACACGGGCGCUGCGCGAGGUCUAUUUGCGGCCGUUCCAGAUGGUGGUGCGGGACGCCAACCCCUGGUGCUUGAUGACUGCGUACAACCGCGUCAACGGCGCCCACUGCGACGAAAAUGUCGAGCUGCUGACCGACAUCCUGCGUAAGGAAUGGGGCUGGGAAGGCGUAGCUAUGAGUGACUGGGGCGGCGCCCACGACGCUGCCCAGUCCCUGGUCGCCGGGCUGGACCUGGAGAUGCCCGGCCCGCCAGUGCGGCGCACCUGGGAGAUAGUCCAGCAGUGUCUCGCAGACAGCAGGAUCACCGAGGCUGAUGUUGACCGCUCCGUGCAUCGCAUCUUGCGCCUCCUGAAACGGACCAAGCGGUUCGAGAACGACUCCGAGCAUCCAGAGACCACGCUCAGGAACUCCAACAACACGGCCAGACUGUUGCACGCCGCGCAGUCGGGUAUUGUAUUACUGAAAAAUGAGGCCGGCUGCCUGCCCCUGCGGCCAUCGGAGGGACUGGGGCGCGUGGGCAUUUUCGGCCCUAACUCUGCGCGCGUCGUCGCCGGUGGUGGGGGUAGCUCUUACAUCAAGGCGCCAUACUGGACCAACGUGGACGACUCUCUUACGGCCCGCUUUCAGGACACGACCACGGAGAUUGUGCGGAAUGUCGGUGCGAAGGUAAAUCGGUACCUGCCCGUGAUAAGUUUGGCGGCAACCAGAAACCCCGAUACGGGCGGCCAGGGCGCUGCGAUCGACUGGUUUAGCGGCCAUGAUCUGUCCGGGCAGCCCACGGAGACCAUCCACACCGACGAUCUGUAUUACAUCAAUUUCGGCAAUACGCCUCAGACUAUUGCCACAGAAACUGGCUUUAGCUUUCGACUGCGCACGACCAUCGUGCCACUUACUACUGGUACGCACCGCCUCUCCCUCGCUAGCAUCGGCCCCUCCAAGCUCUACAUCUCCGGUCAGCUCAUGGCCCAUCAAGACGGCAAUUUCGAGAAGCGGGGCACGCUAUUCUUCACCUACGGCUCCCAUGAAGCCAUCUUCACGCUUGACAUGGUCGCCGGCCAGGAAUAUCACGUAGAGAUAGAGUAUUGGUCGCAUGACCGGCAGCUCUCAGCCCAGCUCCUUCCGUGCAUGGACCCCAUGGAAGACAAAUUUCAGGGCGUCCGCCUCGGCUAUGAGGAAGCCAACCGAAGAGACCUGCCUAGCGAGGCGGCAAAGCAAGCCAGGGACUGCGAGGCAGCUGUUGUUGUCGUCGGUCGCGACCGCGAGUGGGAGACCGAGGGCCAGGACGUGCCGAUGUUCGCGCUGCCGGGCGAGCAGGUCCGGCUAAUCGAGGAGGUGGCGGCAGUGUGCGCGCGCACGAUCGUCGUCAUCCAGAGCGGCACACCCGUGCACCUUGAGCCGUGGAUCGAGAACGUCAAGGGAGUGGUCUGUGCUUGGUAUCAGGGCCAGGAGCUGGGAAACGCGACGGCCAGCGUCGUCUGCGGCGAAUUUAAUCCCUCGGGUCGUUUACCGAUGACAUGGCCUAGACGGCUGGAGGAGUGUCCAGCGUUCUCGUCCUUCCGGGUUGAGGCGCAUGAAAUUCUGUAUGCCGAGGGGAUAUAUGUGGGGGGGCGUUGGUGGGAUUUGUUGGGGACGCAGCCCAUGUACCCGCUGGGGUAUGGGCUGUCGUACAAUACCUUUGCCCUGCGGAUUGUUCAUCCUGAACAGCUGGCGAUGGUGACUGGGCCGCAGCCGGUGCAGGUAAUAGUUGAGGUGACCCACUGCGGAGAUGGAGCGGUGGGUCUGCCAGGUCGAGAGACGGUCAUCGCGUGGUGUGAGGUUGUCGACUCCGGGAACGGACGUUUGGCCCGCCCUCCGAAGCAGGUCAGCGCAUUUAUAAAGUCGCCACUCCUCGCACCCGGUGAGACGUGCACCGUGAGCCUGUCAAUCACCGCGUAUGAGCUGGGGGUCUAUGACCCGGAGCGCCAGAAAUGGGUUCUCGACAAGGGGGCGGAGUUUCGCAUCUUGGUGGGCGCGGAUGCUGCGCACACGCAGGAGGCAGGCACCAUUCACGUACCGGAGACCAUCACCUGGGUUCAUUGCAUUGAUUAGGCAUCACCAUAUAUACAAAUCGCCUGACAAGCUUGCUUACAUAGACGCAAUUGGUUAUGAAACUUAGGCCUCGAUCAUUUCCGUCCGUGUUCUCCAGUUCGAGCCCUAACUAAGUAUAAAGUAUAUUCUUUUUUCUC